AUGGCGGGUGCGGACGGGCCCGACGGCGAGCAAGUAAUCGAGGAGGCGGGCCAGGGCAGCGGCGACGACGCCAUGGAUGAUUUGGAGGCCGAUGGGGAGCGGGAGGAAGUGAACGGCGAGGCCGGCGCUGAGGAGGAGGCCGCGGAGAGUGGGGGGCAAGGGGAGCGGCAGGGGGAGCAACAGGAGGGGGAGGGGAUGCAAGUGGAGGGCGUGGGAGAAGCUGACAGCAAGAAAGUGGAGGAUGUCAAGCAAGAUACAAAAGACACAACAAAAGGGGAGGAUGGCACUGGCCCACCAGAAACUGAUGACUUUCUGAGCAUGCCCCCACAUGGCACAGAGGUAUUUGUGGGUGGCCUUGCUAAAUCCACCACGGAUGCAGAAAUUCAGGAAUUUUGUGAACAAUGUGGCGAGGUGUUCAGCCUUAGGGUACCAAAAGAUCCUGGCAUUCCUGGACAGAACAGAGGGUAUGCAUUCGUCACCUUCAAGACCACAGAGCAAGCAGCCACAGCUACAGAAAAACUAAAUCAGAAGGAGCUGGAUGCACACCCAGGAAAGAAGGUCCGGGUUAUCCUGUCUCAAGUGAAGAACCGGCUCUUCAUUGGGAACGUUCCAAAAGAUCUGAAGUAUGAGGACUUGAAGAAGGUUCUCGAUGGUGAAGUGAAAGGUGCAACCCAGAUCGAGUUGCUCAUGGAUCGUGAAGGCAACUUCAAUCGUGGUUUUGCUUUUGUAGAGUUCUACAACCAUGCGGCGGCUGACCUGGCCAGGAAGAUACUUAGCAGGCCAGACUUCAGGUGCUGGGGAUGCCAUGGCGGUGCAAAAUCGACCAUUGUGCAUGUCAUGGAUAGGGCAACGUCGCUGUUCUGCCCAGCCUCAGUGUUUUGGUCGCACGUGAUCGCCUGUGCCUGA